AUGCUUCUUUUCCGUCAUGCUUCUUUUCCGUCAUGCUUCUUUUCCUUGAUACCUCUUUUCCUUGAUACCUCUUUUCCUUCAUGCCUCUUUUCCUUCAUGCCUCUUUUCCUUCAUGCCUCUUUUCCUUCAUGCCUCUUGUCCUUCAUGCUUCUUGUUCUUCAUGAUUCUUUUCUUUUAUUCUUUCACAUUUUCCUCUUUUCUUAUCUUUCUUUCUUUCUUUCUAGCCAUCUUUCGUUUGCUCCAUCUUUCGUUUGCUCCAUCUUUCGUUUGCUCCAUCUUUCGUUUGCUCCAUCUUUCGUUCGCUCUACCUAUCUUUCUUUCUUUCUUUCUUUCUUUCUUUCUUUCUCACGCUCUACCUUUCUUUCUUUCUCACGCUCUACCUUUCUUUCUUUCUCACGCUCUACCUUUCUUUCUUUCUUUCUUUCUCACGCCCUACUUUUCUUUCUUUCCUUCUUUCUUUCUUUCUUUCUCACGCUCUACCUUUCUUUCUUUCCUUCUUUCUUACGAUCUACCUUUCUUUGUCACGCUCUAUCUUUCUCCCUUUUCUUCCUCUUUUUUGCUUUAUUCCCUUUGUCCUUUCUUUCUCUUUUUUCCUUCUCCCUUUUCUCUUUUCUUUUCUCUUUAUUUUUCUCCUUUUCUUUCUCUCUAUAUUUUUCUCCUUUUUUAUUUCUUUUCUUUUUCACUUUUUCUUUUUCUCCCUUUCUUUCUCUUUUCAUGUUUCCUUUUCUUUCUUUCUUUCUUUCUUUCUUUCUUUCUUUCUUAUUUUUUUUCUAA